CGCCUGAAGACCAUAUCGACACUUCUACAGUCGAUCUUCAGAUAGUCCAUCAGGUAAACGCUGACGCCCAAUCCACCGCGCAGCGUUCCCGCGCCCGGACGCCGCCAGCCCGUGCACCGUCGCGCCCGCCUCCGUCCUCGGCUGCUCGGCGCUUCGGCGGGCACGGCUUGGACCGCGCCCGUCGCACGCCGACCACCGUCCACCGCGACGGCCGACGGCGCAGCAGGCAGCACGGAGGGCCCGACGCCGAUCCGCCCGCCCUAGCUUUUCCUAGCUCUUCUAAGCAUGGCAAGUCGUUCUGCUACCUCCUUCAUCUCUGGACGAUCUUCUACAACAUUUGCUAAACACUUUACAGCCAGUCUGCCAAUCUCUUCCAGUAUGUUUCUCAGAUCGAAUUGAGGAUCAAGUGCAGGUAGCGCCAGAGCAGGACAUCAGCAGUGAACUUCCGGGCAAAGGUGUCUGGUUGAGGCCGAAUUUCGUGUUUUGACCCUUUUGGCAUACAAAUUCGGGAUUUGACCCCUGUUUGAUUUUUUUUCCGGGAUUUUACCCUUUUUCUUACCGCCAGAGGCUCUGGCGGUUGGGUUACAUAGCCUACCGCCAGGGGCCCUGGCGGUAGGCUACUUAUCCAUGUCAGCCUCACCAAACGGCUGCCGUUUCAUGCCGUCGACCCUACCGCUAGGACACCCAGCGGUAGGGUGUGCAACCCUACUGCCAAUGUCCGUGGCGGUAAGUGCCGAACGGUCGUAAGCCCGCAGGGGCCGGCUCGUGGGGCCCAUCCACGAACCCAGCCCCCAUCUUCUUCUCCCCUGCCGUCGCCCGCAAGAACAGAGAGGGGAAGGCCUCUCUCAUCCCCUCCACUCCCCCCAUCCGAUCUUCUUCGUUUGUGAACGGUUUUUGCGGAUCGAGAUGGCUUCGAAACGAGAAAAGAGGCCCCCCAUUGGUCCGGCGAUUGCACUAAUUACAUUAUGCUUGACCCGGCAUUCGACAACGGUCAUCGCGCCCGUUACAUCGAGAGCGGAGUGGUAAAUAGCACUGAUCAACGUGUUGCAUCACAAUUUUGCCUUUUCAAAAGUUUUUUCUAACUAUUUUCGUGUGCACAUUGACAAAUGCUUCCGCCCUUACGUAUGAGGGGCCACACCAAGGUCAAAGAGAUGAACUACGACAACCGCUACAAGCCAUAUUACAGGAGAGCCGGGCUCUUGGGUUUCGUGCUCCAGUUCAAGCGUAUGCCGCCGAUGCUUGUCCACACGGCUCUCACAUCGUUGGUGGACCGUUGGCGGCCCGAGACACACUCUUUCCAUCUCCCAUGUGGUGAGAUGACGGUGACGCUCGAGGACUUUGCCAUGAUCACGGCCCUACCGAUCAAGGGCCAUGCUCUCAUUGGGUGCGUGGAUAAGAAGAACUGGCCGGACAGGGUUACCGCCCUCAUCGGCGACUGCCCUCCCAUCAAGAGUAACCGAACAUCCGGUGUAGCACUGGCAUGGCUCCUAGACCACCGGGCUGAAUGCCCGCAAGAUGCGGAUCCGAGGACCGUGGAGCAGUAUGCAAGGACCUACCUAUGGUUUCUUUUCACAGAGGUGGUCUUUCCUGACUGCUCGGGGGACAACGCCCUAUGGAUGUACUUGGACUUCCUGGCCGACUGGGAUGCAGGGUACAGCUGGGGGUCUGCUGGCCUCGUGUACCUCUACCGUUCACUGGAUGACGCAACACAGAGGACCGAGAAAACAUCUGGGAUGUGUGGGUGUGUCUGGGCCCUCUCGAUUUGGAGUUGGGAGCGGCUGCCGGUUGGUCGCCCUGAGAAGCUGCCACAGACAGAGUGGACGGAGUAUGGCGAGGAUGGCGACCGUUCUCGAUACCCUACUGUCGCCUAUUCUUGGGACAAGGUUAAGGUCUUCUCGGGCAAGGAAAGUGCGAUGUACAAGGCCUUCACCAAUGAGCUGGACAACCUGACAUCUUUUCAGGUUAACUGGUGGCUGUACCACGAUAGAGCUUGGGGGUUCGAGCUGAACGAGAUGUGCGAGCGGGACCGCCUUCUCUUCUGGUGCAUUGUCCCGCUGAUAUGCGUGUACGCCGUCGAAUGGCACCUACCACAACGCGUGGCGACACAAUUUGGCGUAUUGCAACACACACCACCAGCAAGGCCCCACGACACCGGCGGUUACGACCUUCACAAGAAGAGCAAUCAGUAUUCUCAGUCGAUAUUGGACUGGGCUGACGAGCACAAGUCUUUUGUGACAAUGUGGGACGAGAGGACGUUCCGCAAAGAUGGGGAGAGGUCAGGCAUUUGCUGGAAUGUGUAUGAGAGGCACAUGAAUUGGUAUGACGAUGGCAUCAAGUUUCGUCUGCAUCUGAGGCCACGAUGGACGGAAGUGGACAUGGCAUCACUUCAGGAGGAGGAGGACUCUGAGGAUGAAGAAACCUCAGAGAUAUGCAAGGUGAUUUCAGGGAGUAUGCGCCCCUUAUGAACAGAGUGGCCGCAGAGCUAAACAUGAACAUUUUCGACGGCUCGAAUGCGCUUAGUUCUGACCCUGGAACCAUGGAGGGUGACAACAAGCUGAGGGAAGCGACGAAGAAGAUCAUUAACCGUUGCCGCAAGCUAGCGGGCAUGCUUGGGUGCGCCGCCUUGGUUGACGUGCAUGUUCCUCCUCCUGGUGGGUCGACACGUGCCCUAGCUUCAUCAAGCCACACCGGAGGAGGUUCCUCGAGCCAUGCCGCCUCGUCGUCUCGCCUUGUUAACGAGACCGAGGAAGAAGAGGAAGUGGACGAGGAGGAAGAGGAAGAAGAGGGAGAAGAGGAAGGAGGUGACGACGAAGAAGGUGAUGAGGAGGAGUACGACGACGAUGAUGGACCUCAACUGACUCAGCCAACCCAGCCGGACGAGGGCCGCUCGAAGACAAACAAGGAGGAGCAUGCCGCCAAGAGGGGGAGGGGGAGGAACUAGUGAUGUUGAACUUGCUAAGUUAAAGUAGUUGUCUUAUGUUGAACUACUUGGUGUCCUGUUAUUGCUACCUAUGUUAGUAGUUGAACCUAUUUUGAUAUGUUGAACUUAAUGGAUACAUCAAUUUUACUAU